CCCCGUCGGCCGCCGGCUUCCUCUUUGAAACCCGCCGGCGCACAUGAGGCCGCUGCCCCCGCCGCAGGCGCUGGCGGCCCCCUCGCGGUGCCCGUGGUGAUGCCAUGCCCCGCCACCACGCGGGAGGAGAGGAGGGCGGCGCCGCCGGGCUCUGGGUGAAGAGCGGCGCAGCGGCGGCGGCGGCGGGCGGGGGGCGCUUGGGCAGCGGCAUGAAGGAUGUGGAGUCGGGCCGGGGCAGGGUGCUGCUGAACUCGGCAGCCGCCAGGGGCGACGGCCUGCUACUGCUGGGCACCCGCGCGGCCACGCUCGGUGGCGGCGGCGGUGGCCUGAGGGAGAGCCGCCGGGGCAAGCAGGGGGCCCGGAUGAGCCUGCUGGGGAAGCCGCUCUCUUACACGAGUAGCCAGAGCUGCCGGCGCAACGUCAAGUACCGGCGGGUGCAGAACUACCUGUACAACGUGCUGGAGAGACCCCGCGGCUGGGCGUUCAUCUACCACGCUUUCGUUUUUCUCCUUGUCUUUGGUUGCUUGAUUUUGUCAGUGUUUUCUACCAUCCCUGAGCACACAAAACUGGCCUCAAGUUGCCUCUUGAUCCUGGAGUUCGUGAUGAUUGUCGUCUUUGGUUUGGAGUUCAUCAUUCGAAUCUGGUCUGCGGGUUGCUGUUGUCGGUAUAGAGGAUGGCAAGGAAGACUGAGGUUUGCUCGAAAGCCCUUCUGUGUUAUAGAUACCAUUGUUCUUAUCGCUUCAAUAGCAGUUGUUUCUGCAAAAACUCAGGGUAAUAUUUUUGCCACGUCUGCACUCAGAAGUCUCCGUUUCCUACAGAUCCUCCGCAUGGUGCGCAUGGACCGAAGGGGAGGCACUUGGAAAUUACUGGGUUCGGUGGUUUACGCUCACAGCAAGGAAUUAAUCACAGCUUGGUACAUAGGAUUUUUGGUUCUUAUUUUUUCAUCUUUCCUUGUCUAUCUGGUGGAAAAGGAUGCCAAUAAAGAGUUUUCUACAUAUGCAGAUGCUCUCUGGUGGGGCACAAUUACAUUGACAACUAUUGGCUAUGGAGACAAAACUCCCCUAACUUGGCUGGGAAGAUUGCUUUCUGCAGGCUUUGCACUCCUUGGCAUUUCUUUCUUUGCACUUCCUGCCGGCAUUCUUGGCUCAGGUUUUGCAUUAAAAGUACAAGAACAACACCGCCAGAAACACUUUGAGAAAAGAAGGAACCCAGCUGCCAACCUCAUUCAGUGUGUUUGGCGUAGUUACGCAGCUGAUGAGAAAUCUGUUUCCAUUGCAACCUGGAAGCCACACUUGAAGGCCUUGCACACCUGCAGCCCUACCAAUCAGAAGCUGAGUUUUAAGGAGCGAGUGCGCAUGGCUAGCCCCAGGGGCCAGAGUAUUAAGAGCCGACAAGCCUCAGUAGGUGACAGGAGGUCCCCAAGCACUGACAUCACAGCCGAGGGCAGCCCCACCAAAGUGCAGAAGAGCUGGAGCUUCAACGACCGAACCCGCUUCCGGCCCUCGCUGCGCCUCAAAAGUUCUCAGCCAAAACCAGUGAUAGAUGCUGACACAGCCCUUGGCACUGAUGAUGUAUAUGAUGAAAAAGGAUGCCAGUGUGAUGUAUCAGUGGAAGACCUCACCCCACCACUUAAAACUGUCAUUCGAGCUAUCAGAAUUAUGAAAUUUCAUGUUGCAAAACGGAAGUUUAAGGAAACAUUACGUCCAUAUGAUGUAAAAGAUGUCAUUGAACAAUAUUCUGCUGGUCAUCUGGACAUGUUGUGUAGAAUUAAAAGCCUUCAAACACGUGUUGAUCAAAUUCUUGGAAAAGGGCAAAUCACAUCAGAUAAGAAGAGCCGAGAGAAAAUAACAGCAGAACAUGAGACCACAGAUGAUCUCAGUAUGCUCGGUCGGGUGGUCAAGGUUGAAAAACAGGUACAGUCCAUAGAGUCCAAGCUGGACUGCCUACUAGACAUCUAUCAACAGGUCCUUCGGAAAGGCUCUGCCUCAGCCCUCGCUUUGGCUUCAUUCCAGAUCCCACCUUUUGAAUGUGAACAGACAUCUGACUAUCAAAGCCCCGUGGAUAGCAAAGAUCUUUCGGGUUCUGCACAAAAUAGUGGCUGCUUAUCCAGAUCAACUAGUGCCAACAUCUCGAGAGGCCUGCAGUUCAUUCUGACGCCAAAUGAGUUCAGUGCCCAGACUUUCUACGCGCUUAGCCCUACUAUGCACAGUCAAGCAACACAGGUGCCAAUGAGUCAAAGCGAUGGCUCAGCAGUGGCAGCCACCAAUACCGUUGCAAACCAAAUAAACACGGCACCCAAGCCAGCAGCCCCAACAACUUUACAGAUCCCACCUCCUCUCCCAGCCAUCAAGCAUCUGCCCAGGCCAGAAACUCUGCACCCAAACCCUGCAGGCUUACAGGAAAGCAUUUCUGACGUCACCACCUGCCUUGUUGCCUCCAAGGAAAAUGUUCAGGUUGCACAGUCAAAUCUCGCCAAGGACCGUUCUAUGAGGAAAAGCUUUGACAUGGGAGGAGAAACUCUGUUGUCUGUCUGUCCCAUGGUGCCAAAGGACUUGGGCAAAUCUUUGUCUGUGCAAAACCUGAUCAGGUCGACCGAGGAACUGAAUAUACAGCUUUCAGGGAGUGAGUCAAGUGGCUCCAGAGGCAGCCAAGAUUUUUACCCCAAAUGGAGGGAAUCCAAAUUGUUUAUAACUGAUGAAGAGGUGGGUCCUGAAGAGACAGAGACAGACACUUUUGAUGCCGCACCGCAGCCUGCCAGGGAAGCUGCCUUUGCAUCAGACUCUCUAAGGACUGGAAGGUCACGAUCAUCUCAGAGCAUUUGUAAGGCAGGAGAAAGUACAGAUGCCCUCAGCUUGCCUCAUGUCAAACUGAAAUAAGUUAUUCAUUUUCUUUCCAGGCAUAGCAGUUCCUUUAGCCAUACAUAUCAUUGCAUGAACUAUUUCGAAAGCCCUUCUAAAAAGUUGAAAUUGCAAGAAUCAGGAAGAACAUGAAAGGCAGUUUAUAAGCCCGUUAUCUUUUAAUUGCAUGAAAAUGCAUGUUUAGGGAUGGCUAAAAUUCCAAGGUGCAUCAACAUUAACCCACUCAUUUAGUAAUGUACCUUGAGUUAAAAAGCCUGAGAAACCAAACACAGCUAAUGCUAUAGGGUGUAUGAAUAUGUCAAGUUUAGGUCAUUUAGAAGAUUUGACACUGUAUUUUGAAAUUAUGGGAGUAAACACCUUCAAAUUUCAGGCAUUUCUGCUUUGUGACUAAAUACAAACUACAUUUUCAAGAUUAGGCCAUAAUGUAUAUUUAAACACAAUGGCUAUCAACAGCUGCUAAUAAGGUAUCAACUAAAGCAGAAUUGGGGAACAAUAGAAAUGGCUGCUUAUUUCAAGAUAUAUUUGCCAACCCGUUCCUAUUCAGUCAUUUUAUUAUUAAUGUAAUUUGAAUGUCAGUUUGUGUGCUUUUGGUGAUUUAGCGCUGUGGCAAGCAAUUUUGCACAUCAUUUUCAUGUUGUUCUUUAUGACAAGAAUGUUCUUCAAUUAGAAAAUGUGCAAAUAAUGAAAUUCAGGGCCAGUGGGGCAAAUAGACUAUCUGACAUAUUUGACUUUAUGAAAACGUAUUCCCUGAUGGCAGAAUCAACUUUGUAAGUGGUCAACUUCUACACAAGCGUAUGAAAUACUGAUCGGUAGAACAGCCAUUGUGAUUGGACUGGUUUCUCUGCAGUGGCGCCAACCCCAGGCUUGCCAAUACUGCCCAUGUAAAGGGCAAGUGUGAGAAGCUAUUCUCAUUUUGCUGACAUACAGGUAGGGCCCUGGGGGACAGGACAUUUGAGUGGGACUGAGAUAGGAAAGGCUUGAAAAGAAUCCGGAAACACCACCAGGAAGUUGGCAAAGUAAAAGAAAAUGACUUCCCCCUCAAAGGGCAUGAGAGGGAGAGAAACAAACCAAAAUAGAAGAACUAGACUUUUUAGAAAACGAGUAUUGCUAGGGAAUUCAACUACCUAAUCUUCCCUUAUUCUUAUAUAUAAGCAGAGAAUUUUUGCAAGGUAUUUAUUUUUUAAUAUGCCCUGAAUGUCUUUUGCUAUUAUGUGUACAUUUUGCAUAUGAAAGUCUAAGACGAAACUUCCUUUACUUUUUAUACUGUAGUGAAAAUUUUCUAUUCUUCCCAAGAAUGUUGUCCCAAAUCUGAAAUUACUGGUUCAAUUUCCUGAUAUAAACAUUUACAAUUAGAAGCUAGAUAGUACUGGCAGGGUCUGCACAUCAGAACUUAAAUAUAAUACAGCAGCAAAAAGACCAAGGGAAACAAAACGACAAAUGUAUUUAUCAGAAAGCAAGCAAUGCUGACUGCUUGUUAGAAACCCAUCUGGCUAUCUUAGGUCAUCAGAACUUCAGCCAAUGUAAUGACAUUCAAAAGAAAAGGACAUAAGAGAUAGCAUCAAUUCAAUUAAACCCUAGCCACAGGAGGAUUCAAGAAAGGAAGUUGUUUCCUUGGCAGACAUGAAUGCUGCCCCCAGAAGUACUUCUCCAGCAGCCAAGCAGAAUGAUCAGGGUUAUCAAGUGGAUGUUCAAAGGAAGAAGGAGGCCCUGAACUCCACCAAUCCUCGCCAGUCCUCCCCAGCCCUCCCCAACAGGUUUUCUCAAUCAUUGAUUCUCCCCUGCUUUUCUUCAUUCACUCCUCAUUCAUUCCCUGCCAGUAUGUUGCUUCUGAACUUCACCAGGCCUUAACCAGCCUCCAUCCCCAAGUCAGCCAGCUCUCCGCUUUACCUAAAAUGUGCUUCUCAACCUUUUAGAACCUUGUCCCUUUUGAUAAACAUGGAAAUGUUUAAAGCUUCCUCUUCUCAUCCCACUUGGAUUCUGGGACAGCUGGAAUCAUUUAGAAUCUUUUUGGCUGCUGGAAACACACAGAAGAUAAAGGCUAAAUCUUACACUUCAGUUAAGACUUCGUCAAUCCUUUUAAGCAGUUGUUUCCAUUUUCAAAAUACAGAAUGUUAGUAAAUUAUGAAAAUCAAUUUUUCAUCUUCAUUCAACCUGAAGUGAUGAUUCCCCCUCCCAAGAUUCCCCCUUCCCAAGAACAUUGCAUACACACACAUACACACACACACACCCCUCCACUGAUCUAAAGCCACACACCUGCCAUGACUGGGCAGGCUGUCUCCCAGUAUUAACAGAGGAAGAGGAGGGAGGCAGUCACUUUCAGGUAGCACUGAUUCUUGGACAUACUCUGUCCUGGGUCGAACCCCACUGGCAGCAGGAAUUCUGAAUGUAUUGGGGACCCCUCCCUAGGCCUCGUUAAGCCUCAAACACAGUACAGCUCACCCAGCAUUGCUGAAGACCGAAGAUUCAGAAAGAAAACCUACACACAACACUGAGGUCUUAAUCAUAGCAAAAUGUGAUAAACCAUGUUGUGAAAAACUUUGAUACAUUGAAGCCAUGACCAUUUUGUGUCUAUCUUACUCUAGCACAAAAAUUAGGGGAUGUUAAAAGAUAGUUGUGUGGAAACUGUAAGGUUCUGUCUGUUGCGUUACUCUCUGUGGAAAUGAGAGGGGUCUCCCAUUUACACUAAGCAAAGUUCCAUUGGUCAAUUUUAAUGAUGUCUUGAAGCACAAUUUAGCUGAGCACUGAGUAGCCAUAUGCUUUCUCAGUACAAGUGUGUCUGCCUUCAACAUAUAGGGUUGAUCAAGCUAUUACUUAAUUGCAAAUAUCCCUUGUAUGAGAUUAACUAAAAAAAUUUGGCUAUUUCUGAUCUAAAUGUUUGCAUUUUGUUCAACUAAAUUAAUAUUUGUAGACUGCAAGUUUUGUUUAAAAUAACUUUAUUGAGUUUUUAAGUCCUGAUCUGUUCUAAGGUGCCUUUCUCACCUCCCAUUGAUUCAGUGAUUCUGAAGUUCUUAAUUUGCAAGUAAAAUAAGUCUACUAGAGAGGAAGAAAUCAGGCACAAAGUGACCAAUUCUCAUGCCCAUUUGCAAAGCAAAACUAUAAGGAUGAUGAAACCUGGGUAACUAAAUUAAUGGAUCAUUUCACUAAAUCAGAUUGAGGAAAUAUCAUAAAUAUUAACUUGUCUCCCUAGAAGCUGAUAUUUUUCGCCUUAAAUGACAUGGUUGUGUUUUUGUAAGAGAAACUUAAUCUAAUAUAAUUAUGUGCAUUUAAGUGAGCAGUUCUAAGUCAUGUAUGACAAUGCAAUUAUCUGUUUCCUGAAAACAAAUAAAUCAGGAACACCAUAUCCAUUUCAAGCUACCAUUAAAGUGUAAUUUCCUUUGCUCUCUUUUACUGGGAUUAUUUGUUUUAAAGUAAAACAUUAAAAAGAUGUCUAUAAA